GUCAGAACAAAACCCGAAGGCAAUCCAGCGAUAUUACGACUCUCCAGAGACGGGAUUCGGGGAAGAUAAAAGCGGUAUAGCGAGAAGGAGCUAUUUGGGGAUUCGGUCCUGCAAACUGCAGCCGGCGAGGAUCCAUUGGUCUAUCACGGUGCAUCACAGCGUACUCCUGCGCACACCACAGUGAAUCGGACGAAAAAGACUGUGUGCAGCGUUGUUCCAACACGAUGCUCCUCCUCACCUAGGUCUUUAAAGCGCCCUAAUGCCCACAAGACAACUUGGACCAUCUUCAUUGCCCCAACUUCCGCCGAUUCUUUCCCUCAAUAUCCUUAUCCGCGCUUGCCUUCCUUGUCCUCAAAGCCGCCCUCAUGGAUUCUAGCAGCAGCCAGAGUCCCAAGGCAGCAUCUCCAACACCGGCCACUGCCCCCGCGCCAUUGCUUAGCGCCGAGGCAGCAGCUGCGGUUGGUAUUCUCCCUGCAUCGCAUUGGGCUGAUCAACCGCUCCCCGAGGAACAUGCAGACGAUGAUACGGCUUCUACGAUUGGAUCGGUUCUCUCCAGCACCGCUUCCUUGAGCAGCACCAUUCUCCAAUACCGUACCCACCAUGGCAGAACUUACCAUGGCGAUAUCGGUAAUGCCGAGGGCUGGGAGCCCAACGACGAGCGUCACCUGGAAUCCAUGGAUAUUGCCCACCAUUGCUUCACAGUGUGCUACGGCGGAAAGCUUUUCCUGUCCCCUCUUAACACGAAGAAGGUUCAGAAGGUAGUCGAUAUUGGAACGGGCACAGGCUUGUGGGCAAUCGAUUUUGCCGAUGAAUUCCCCCACGUGGAGGUUAUUGGUACGGACAUCACCCCCAUCCAGCCUUCGUGGGUACCUCCCAACGUCCAGUUCGAACUUGAGGAUUGCAACCAGGAAUGGACCUGGGCCGACAAUACCUUCGAUUUUAUCAAUAUACGCAUGUUAAUUGGUGUCGUUGAAGACUGGUACGCCCUCUUCCGCCAGGCUUAUCGGACCUGCAAGCCAGGCGGCUAUGUCGAGAGCUUCGUUUGUUCCUGCCAUUUCGUAAGCGACGAUGGGUCUAUAAAGCCAGGCACCGCCUUAGACCAAUGGGGCAACAUUUGGGCUCAGGGCGGCAAGAAAUUCGGAAGAACGUUUGAUAUUUAUGAAGAAGAUUUGCAGAGGAAGGGGAUGGAAGCGGCUGGCUUUGUCGAUAUCGACUUCAAGGAUAUGAUGGUCCCGAUUGGCGUUUGGCAUCCGGAUAAGGACGCUGCAGAACGCGGACUUUGGUGGAAGAUGACGCUUGAUAUGGAUCUUGAAGGAUAUCUCAAUUAUGUCUGCCACAGUCUGCUAGGCUGGAAGCCAGAAGAGACCAAAGCCUUCUGCGCCCAUUGUAAGAAGGAGUGGAAUGAUCCCAACAUUCAUGGCUACGUCAUGGCGCGUAUCGUAUGGGGCCGGAAGCCAGAGUAAGAGUGGUGGUGCUCGCGAGGAAGUUUUGGAUGAGAGGGGGGAACCACCGCAUGUGCAGCAGGCGCAGGACAGGCAAGGCAGCCCCCCGGGGUGCGUGAUGCCAUUGUCGACAUGGGAGGCGGCGGGUGUGACCUCGGUCGGGCAUGAAAGAGCGGACGAUUGAGUUGUUGAGAGUGCUGCUUGUUUGGGGAUGUAAAGAAAUUUCAGAUUUACGAUUUGACGAAACAGUGACGGAUUUGCAGACAGAUGUGGCGUUCCAGGAUACGAAAUGAAACUUGCGAUGCUGUGUUUGAUGUGAUACCUUGAGACCAAGUUCUACGAGAGUUAUGACGGGGUCA